AUGGACUAUUCUAACUUUGCUGAUCCACUCGCUUUGAUUCUUCAAGAUUAUGAAGACUCUGACGAAGAAAAUGUAGAAUCUAAAAAAAAAUAUUCUUGUAAUGGUAUAAGGUCAAAAGUUGAAUUUGUCCCGAUUGAACAAUAUGGAUAUAAAAAUUUAAUGAGUGAUUAUGUUUAUCUCGAAGAUGUAUCUCGUACAAUUGACUCUGCUCAUCGUUAUAUAAUUGAUAACAAACGAACGCGAAAGAGAAAUUACAAUAAAUAUUCCCAUACUCUAAAAAGGAAAAAAUUUAAUAAAAGGCAACAAGAAUGA